CCCCGCCUCCUUCCACGUCGACCUGCAUCCUCGCCAUAUUUUCACCCCAGCGGAUCCUGCAGAUCUGUGAACCCUAAACCCACCGGGAGUGACUUUUGUGGAGUCAUUUACAUAGCAUUUUCCAGUAAACAAAGAGACUCUGUUUUCAGGUUACCACCUCAUCAUCCCCCAACAAUGAACAUUUUCAGACUGACAGGAGAUCUGUCUCAUCUGGCUGCUAUCAUCAUCCUGCUACUCAAAAUAUGGAAAAGCAGAUCGUGUGCAGGUAUUUCUGGGAAGAGCCAGAUUCUCUUUGCUCUUGUGUUUACUACACGCUACCUGGAUCUGCUCACCUCAUUCAUCUCGCUGUACAACACCAGCAUGAAGAUGAUUUACAUUGGCUGUUCAUACGCCACAGUAUACCUGAUUUAUAUGAAAUUCAGAGCCACCUACGACGGUAACCAUGACAGCUUCAGAGUGGAGUUCCUGGUCGUUCCUGUUGGGGGUCUGGCUGUUCUUAUCAACCAUGACUUUUCUCCUCUAGAGAUCCUUUGGACGUUCUCCAUCUACCUGGAAUCCGUAGCAAUUCUGCCUCAGCUCUUCAUGAUCAGCAAGACGGGCGAGGCGGAGACGAUCACCACCCACUACCUGUUCUGCCUGGGCCUGUACCGGGCCCUCUACCUUUUCAACUGGAUCUGGCGCUUUUACUUUGAAGGCUUCUUUGACAUGAUUGCCAUCGUGGCUGGUGUGGUUCAGACUGUUCUCUACUGUGACUUCUUCUACCUAUAUGUCACUAAAGUGUUGAAAGGCAAGAAACUGAGCUUGCCAGCGUGAUGAGAAGUGAUCGAAGACGGCGACUCCCAGCAGACCCGGAGGGGGCGCCAAGAUGACACGGAGUCCCGUGACUUCCAGCAAUGAAUGCCAGAAACAGAGAGCCAACUAUGGUGGGAAAAAAACACUAGCCUUUAAUUUUCUUCUUUUUUUUGGAUCAUCACUGAUGGAACUGGUAGAACCAGCACCAGAACUGAACAAAAGGCACCCCAGAUCAACGUUUUCUUUUUGGUUUUCUGUGCUCAGCAUUUCGCCUUAAGAGUCUUACCAUUGCUGUUAAAAGUUUUUUUUUAAUUAUUUUUUUACAUGUGAGGUGUUUACGCUUCUUUUUUUUUAUUGAUUUGCAAUAGGAUGAAUUUAAGUAGAACCGUGAUUACCUUUGUGAAAAAAGUGCACAAAAUGUACAGUCUGAUAACAGAGCGAUGUGCCUGAUGAAAGGAAGUUCACUUUCACCAUCUUUUGCAGUUAUUUUGCAUUCAUUGUUUCGGCAAUUUUAUGCAUAUAUUCUAUUUUUAUUUUAGGUUGGAAGCAAAAAAAAAAAAAACACGUUACGCCUCAACGUCUUUUGUAAAAACAUUUUCUUUGGAAAAAUUACAACUUUUUUGUUUAAACAUCCUGUUGUCCUGAAGAAGAACUUUGUGGAUCGAUGAUGAAAAGUAACAACUAAAUCACUUGGAUGCCAGCAAUCAAAUGUGUCGCAUCAGUAUUUUCAAAUGGUGCUUAAGUCAAAUUGAAAUUCAGAGUUGUUUACUGGUCUUUUCUGCUUGUUGUGUUUUAGGAAAAACACAAUCUAUUCCAUUUUAGAAUUAUACUUUGGCACAGUUUGGGUGUAGACACAACCAAUUUUCCUGAAGCACCAAUGUUAAUUUUAAUAACCUCUCCCUGUGCCUUUUUUUUCCUUUUUUUUAUUUUUAUUUUUUUAGAUGUUUAGUUUUUAACCCACAAUCUUUGGUUGUAGGUUGAUUAAAGCAUUGAAACAGCUUAGUAAUCUAUUCAAUUCAUAAGCCUUUGUCAACUUCCUCAACAGUUAUUCUUUUUAAAGUUUUUUUUUUUUUUUUUUGGCAUGAUAUCACCUCCAAUAAAGAUUUUAUGAGAAUCA